UUCCCUAGCUAUCUUUACACUACAAAAAGGACCACCGAGGAAAAAGAAUGGCGGUUGGAGGGCGUGUUACGGGUCGUCUUGGUUACGGAAAUGGAUAUUCUGACGGGCGAUCCUAUGCCGGAAUCAACGAGGAAAUCAUGUACGUAAGCAUAGGAAUGGGAAUUAUCAUUGCCAUUCUGAUUUGCAUCGCACUAUGCUACAUUGCCCGGGAAAAUUGUAAGAACAAGCGAGAAUAUUACAUUACGGCCUGAAUGAUGAGUGAGUUCUGCCCAGUCUCCAGGUUGGGGCUGAUCGGAUUAGUGUUAUCGUUUAUAGUUAAUGACCAUUAUCUAGCUACUUUAUAUAUUUUGCUAUUUUAUGAUCGAUGCACGGUAAACACGGUCCAGGCUCGUUGCAAACGAGCUCAACACAAUCUAAGUAAUAAUCCGGUCCGGGAACAUAACCUGGUUCUUGGUCCGAAGUAAACGCGUGUUAACGGAAAAGUCUGUUUAUUGCAAAACAAUAAGUACAUAAUACGUAUAUGUUCCUUUUAUAUAUUAUACACAGUUCGUGAAAUGUAGCAGUCUAUUUUGAAAACUAUAAUGAUAUGAAUGUAUACAAAACAA